UAAACUGAUCAUUAUGGAAAGAUGCUGCUGUUUCUGCUAAUGUGUUUUUUUUUCUCUUUCUAUUUCUAUUUCCUUGUUCAUGCUUUUCUUGUGACUUUGAGCAUUGAUGUUACUUUACGGGGUUGUCGCCAUGACAAACCAAAUUGUUGAUCUUUCUAUGCCUUUGUUUUGUUAGUAGGCAAGUAUCAAUUUGCAUUGAUUCGUCAAUGCAAACUCUUUUUUAUUUUUUUUCUCUUUAUUUUCAAUGCAAACUCAUUUGAUGAAUUCAAAUCUCACAUGAAAAGAGUUUCAACAAAUUCUUUCAAUCUUAAUCUCCGUCAUCUGCAGGCAGUAAGAGUUUUUUUUCUAAAAGAAAAGGGUGGAAUAAGCUUACAAGAGUGGAAAACCAUGGUUGUCUGGCUUAUGAUGAUCACUCACAGCAUAGCCUCUAGGAUCUAUAUGACAUUCUAACUCGCUUAGUGUUUUGUUCAAUAAGAUCAUUUUCUGCAGAAAAUGUGUUUGAUGGCAUCAUCAAAAAGUAAAUCUUGACGUGUUUUUAGUGUCCAUCAUAUUCCAUAUGUCUGUCAAUGUCAAAUUCCAUGUGCCAGUUACUAGCGUAAAGAAAUUAAUGUAAAAUCAGCAACAAUUUUGGGAGUUUCUUAACUUUAUGGAGCUCUUUGUAACUGCCAAUGGCUGAUGAGAAAGGCUACAUUAACUUUUGUUUUUGUUGUCCAAUAUUCUUGGAAUUGAUGGUUGCCAACUUGUCAAACUGUGGUUUCUUUGCAACCCUCAACUCCCUUUUGUCUCUGCUCAUGCUCUGAAGCACAAGGUUUAGGAAGUGUAGAAGACUUGUUCUCUAACAAUGGCAUUGGCAAGGAUUGCUAGGGCCAACCUGAGAAGAUCAGGAGGUGCUUUUGGCAGUUAUGCUCAUGAGAAGGAUACGUUCAAUGUAGGAGGAUACACAAGCAGAUGCAACAUACCUUCCCAUGCAAAUUUUGAAUCAGAUGGAAAGUUUUCAUAUGCUCCAAGAAUUAAGGAACAGAACUACAUGAACUUUUCAAUGAGGGGAAUAUCAGGAACGCCACACCAUCAGUUUCCUUCUGCUAGCACACAGACGGUUAUAGAGGAAUCUGAGUAUGAGUUUGAGAAUGAUCGGCAAAGAUAUGCUGGACUAGAGGCAACAAAGCCAGGUGAAAAGCCUAGGGUGGUUGUUCUUGGUACGGGUUGGGCUGCGUGUCGGUUCCUCAAAGGGAUAGACACCAAAAUUUAUGAUGUUGUGUGCAUAUCACCAAGGAAUCACAUGGUCUUUACUCCUUUGCUUGCUUCAACGUGUGUUGGAACCCUGGAAUUCAGAACUGUUACUGAGCCUGUAUCCAGAAUACAGGAUGCAUUAGCAAGGGACCCUAACUCCUACUUCUUUCUAGCUUCUUGCACUGGCAUUGACACAGGCAAACAUGAAAUCUAUUGUGAGGCAGUUAACAAUGGUGGAUUGCCUCAAGAGCCUUACCAAUUCAAAGUCGCUUAUGACAAGCUUGUAAUUGCAACAGGAUCUGAGCCUUUAACUUUUGGCAUCAAGGGAGUAAAGGAAAAUGCUUUUUUUCUUCGUGAAGUGAACCAUGCUCAAGAAAUAAGGAAGAGACUUCUCCUUAAUCUGAUGCUUUCUGAAAACCCAGGCAUAUCAGAAGAAGAAAAGAAAUGCCUUCUGCACUGUGUAGUUAUUGGAGGUGGCCCUACAGGAGUGGAAUUUAGUGGUGAAUUGAGUGAUUUCAUCAUGAGAGAUGUUCAUGAGCGCUAUACUCAUGUCAAAGAUUACAUUCACGUAACACUCAUUGAGGCAAACGAGAUACUGUCAUCCUUUGAUGUUAGCCUACGGCAAUAUGCAACAAAGCACUUAACAAAGUCCGGGGUCCGUCUUAUGCGAGGUGUAGUGAAGGAGGUGCAUCCCAAAAAGAUAAUUCUGAGUGAUGGAACAGAAGUUCCUUAUGGCCUCUUGGUUUGGUCCACAGGGGUUGGUGCUUCUCAGUUUGUGAAAACACUAGAUCUUCCUAAAUCUCAAGGUGGAAGAAUUGGUGUAGAUGAUUGGCUGCGUGUUCCCUCGGUGGAAGAUGUCUUUGCCCUUGGAGAUUGUGCUGGUUUUCUUGAACACACUGGAAGACCUGUGCUUCCAGCUCUAGCUCAGGUUGCUGAAAGGCAGGGAAAGUUUCUUGUGGAAUUGUUCAACGAAAUAGGGAAUCAGAAUGGAGGCAAGGCUUAUUCUGCAAAAGGCAUGCCAUUUGGAGAGCCUUUUGUGUAUAGGCAUCUUGGGAGUAUGGCAUCAGUAGGUGGCUACAAAGCACUGGUUGAUCUACGACAGUCAAAGGAUUCAAAGGGGUUGUCACUUGCUGGUUUUGUUAGCUGGAUGAUAUGGCGCUCUGCAUAUCUUACACGUGUCCUUAGCUGGAGGAACAGGUUUUACGUGGCAGUGAACUGGGCCACCACAUUAGUCUUCGGCAGAGACAACAGCAGGAUAGGUUGAAAUUUUCAUUCAUUAAAGAAGCAGCAAAACCAGUCAAUCUUUUUGCCUCAUUAUUUUGGCUAAGUUGUUGGCCGUUGCAUUCUUUUAAUCUUUCUAUUCGCUGAGAAUUUGUAUAAUAACAGAUAAAAAAAAUGAGUUGCAUGGUUAAAAUAUUUUACGACAAUUUAUUCUUCA